CACCAAAUACAACCCAGUAGUUAAGCACACGAGCAAGUGAAGGCAAAUAAAAUCAGUUGCAAUUGAAGGCGAGGCCUUACCGAGCCCAGAUCAAAUAGCAAACAGCCCUUUUCAGGUCCAGUGUGAUUAUCAACCUUGUAACUGGUCCGGUGCUGGUCAACUGUUCUGGUGGUACCAUCCUUACCGAUCAAAACGCCGACCAUUAGUGUUCUACAGAGAUUGGAAACAAGCAAGACAAAAUCGAAUUUGAAAAGAAAAACGAAAAAAAAAAAACAGAGAUGGAACAAAGAGGAAUUAGGGCUACUAAAACCUGUAGCCAAGGGUUUUGGAUAAGCUUACUAGUGUUCUUAUGCAUGAUCACAACAACACAAGUGGAGGGAUCGAUUCAUGAGUACAGAAACGAAGCUUUUACCCCCAAGACAAAUGCCUUCUUUUUCCAUGGUGGUAGUGAAGGGCUCUAUGCUUCUAAAGCUCCUCCUGAUUCCUCUGGUACCACCCAAUCAGGAAAAUCUUUCAUAAGGUUUGAAGGAGUGACAUUUAGGAGGACUAAAGAGUCGGCGAGUAGGCAAGAGGGAAUGCAGCAGAGUACUGGAGUGGUUGAAGCAAUCAUACUUGAUGUGAAAGAUAGGAAGAGGAUUGGAGGGGCAUUUUUGAAGACUAAUGCUAUAUGUUGUAAUAGUACACUUGCGGAGACCGGUUCUUGCAAGUUAGGAGAGGUGAUUUUACAGAAGAAUCCAGAUAUUCCCAGCUGGCCGAGGGUUAUUAAGACGCACUUUGCAGGAAAAAUUGAAGAAGUGAAAAUGGGGAGUGAGGAAGUUGAGAUAAACAGUAAUGGAAUGUAUUACCUUUAUUUUAUGUUUUGUAACCCAGAAUUGAAGGGGACAUUGAUUAAUGGAAGGACUGUGUGGAAGAACCCGAAUGGUUAUUUGCCGGGAAAGAUGACUCCUUUGAUGACUGUCUUUGGAAUUAUGUCUUUAGCUUAUCUUGUGCUUGGAUUAGUAUGGUUCUUAAGGUUUGUUCAAUUCUGGAAGGAUAUCAUACAGUUGCAUUACCAUAUUACAGCAGUUAUUGCUCUUGGGAUGUGCGAGAUGGCUGUCUGGUAUUUUGAAUACGCCAAUUUUAAUUCUGCUGGAUUGAGACCGAUGGGUAUUACAUUGUGGGCUGUCACUUUCACCACUGUGAAGAAGACUCUAUCCCGCCUUCUUCUUUUGGUUGUCUCGAUGGGCUUUGGAGUGGUUAGGCCAACCCUCGGUGGCAUAACAUCAAAAGUGCUUGUUCUUGGUUUGGUAUAUUUUAUUGCUUCUGAGGCUUUCGAGCUCGUUGAACAUCUUGGAAACAUCAAUGACUUUUCCAAGAAAACAAAGGUGUUUAUGGUACUUCCAGUUGUUUUCCUAGAUUCCUGCUUUAUUCUCUGGAUUUUCUCAUCGCUAUCAAAAACUUUAGAGAAGCUUCAGAUGAGGAGAAACAUGGCUAAGUUAGAACUGUAUCGGAAGUUUACCAAUGCCCUUGCAGUGUCUGUACUGCUCUCCAUUGCCUGGAUUGGUUUUGAGCUAUACUUCAAUGCAACUGAUCCACUAAGUGAGCUGUGGCAAGUUGCAUGGGUCAUCCCUGCUUUCUGGACUCUGCUUGCGUACUUUCUCUUGGUGGUGAUAUGUGUCCUCUGGGCGCCUUCACGUAACCCAACUAGGUAUGCAUAUUUAGAAGGGGAGGACUUUGAUGAGGAGGGUAUAUCAUUGACAACCGGGGAUAUCACGAUGAAGCUGGAAAGGGAUGCACUUGUUGAAGAUCUUGAGGAGGAUAAGCAAGAGUAGAAGAAUAAUAACUAGUAAAGGUGAAUCUGAUUGGCGCUUAAGUUGCAUAUCCAGGUAUUUGUCUGUAAAUCUUGGUAUGCAAUUUGUGUUGUGUACAAAGCACCUGUGAAUGAAGUACAGAGAUAGAAGAGUUUGAUACGAGUUAGAUUUUAGGCGAUGCACAAAGGAGAAAUUGUUGGUCGGGCUCUUAUAUUACCUGCAUUGAGUUUAUCACUGCUUUGAGAAA